ACGGUUCCAGCACUAACGUAUUGUGGUUGCCUAACUUGAAGCUUUAUUUCUGGGGACAACUGAUAUCAAAAAGGUCAACUUCAAUUUGAAAAAUCAAAUAAAUGAGCACACAAUUAAAUUCAAUGUGUAAACAAACGGAAUAUAUAAUUUUUAUUGAUUGCGAUUAAAGAGCUUUAAGCUUUUGUUUAAACAAUGGUCAACGUGGAUGUGGAAUACUGCGGCGUGUGCAAUUUUGCGAUGCACUGCCAGAUGCUGAGACAGUUCCUCUUGGAUGCAGCACCCGAUGUGGAGGUCUCAUGCCAUCAGGGACGUCGCGGAGCCUUCGAGGUGAAGAUCGACGAUCAGUUGGUCCACUCGAAGCUCAGUUGUUUGGCGUUUCCCCAGCACCAGAGCGUGCUCCUCCAGGUGGAGAGAGCGCGACGAGGCGAAUCUGUGGAACGCGUAAAGGAAGCGCCCAUCAAAGACUGCAGCAUUAUGUGAAGCAAGUAAUAAUUUUGACCAAUAACUAAGUGUUGAUCUAUUUGUAUAUAAAUACCGACUGAGUUACUAAAUUUAUAAAUGUGCAGCCUUAAUGAUAAGGGCUAGAAGGCUGAAAUUAAAACGCAGCAGAGCUGAUUUGAUGUAAUGUCAUGUAAUAAA